GCAACUGCAGCCCCAGAUGACUGGGGAGUGACUGAGGAAGUGAGUUGUUGCUGCUGCUGCUGGUGUCUCUAGUGCGCACGCUGAGUAUCCGCGGCGGAGUCGCUGCUAUGUGAAGCGGGGGAAUUCACUGCCAACGUCAUGUCUGUUCUAGCGGGGCUGUGGAGGAGGAUUCCCGUUGCUGCGAGCUGCCAGAUCAGAUGUCUAACUGGAAAUCUUCGUUUAAACUCGGCAGUGUUUUACAGCACACAGCCACCCUCUAGUGAUGUAACCGUUAACUAUAGCCAUGGACUCCCAGUGAUAACCCUUACACUCCCCUCUCGGAAUGAGCGCUGCCAGUUCACUAUCAAACCCUUAACAACUACAGUGGGGACGUUCUUAGGAGACAUUAAAAAGGAAGACCGAGGCAUUGAUGUGGUUGCUGCUCUUUCCACAGAUGAUACCAAGUUUUCUAACUCCACUUUAAUGGAUGUUUUGCUAAUGAAUGACUUUAAACUCAACAUUAACAACUGUAUGUACCACGUCCAGCCACCCUCCAGAGAUAAACCUUAUCAUCAAGAGUCUAGGGAAAUGGACACCAUUAAAACUCUGGUUCAUCGUCUGUAUACAGCUCUGCACCAGGAAGAACAUCAUCUUAAGAAGGAACAGGAAUUACUUAAGAGGCUUGAUAGUCUUAAGGAGCAAAUUCAGCCACUAGAGCAGAUGAAGUCGAUGAUACUAACCAAAUCAGAUGCCAAGACCACGCGGCUCAUGUGGAUUGGACUGGCGCUAAUGUCCACACAAGGGGGAGCUCUUGCCUGGCUCACCUGGUGGGUCUACUCUUGGGAUAUCAUGGAACCAGUAACUUACUUCAUUACCUACGGAAGCGCCAUUGCCUUCUACGCAUACUUUGUUUUAACCAGACAGGAUUAUGUUUACCCAGAUAUUAGAGAGCGCCAGUUGCUGAACUACUUCUACAAGAGAGCCAAGACACAGCGCUUUGAUGUGAAGGAAUACAACAGGCUACAGGAUGAAUUUGCUGAGACUGAAGAGAGCUUAAGGCGUCUGCGAAAUCCUCUCCGGCUGGGGCUUCCCAUUGAACAGCUGAAUGAAAAAGAAUAAUAUUUUUUUUUAAGGCAUCAAUUUUGUAAUAAAAAAAAACUGGAAAAUGCUGCCCACUGUUUUCUGCAAAUGCAAUAAAUUAUAACAAAUGAA